AAGCAACACGAUCACGAACACUGUUGCUAUCCACGCGCGCAUCUAUCGCUGGCUGUCACACGACAAAGGUUUGCGCCACGUAGGUGUUCAGUACUAACGGGCACCUGUUCUGUGAGGUCAAUACAAAGCCCAGACGGAAUGUGUUAACUGUGAUGCGUCAACACAUCAUUGUUUAAACUUGUUGUAAAGGUCGUCAUUCAAGAUUCGAAAAUGAAAUUUAACGAUAUUUUUGAGUAUCUGGGUGAUUUUGGAACUUACCAGAAGCGGAUCUACUUUCUGCUUUGCUGGCCUGCUGUCUUCACUGCAAUGCAAAUGAUGGUCGCUGUAUUCACUCUCAACAUUCCAAAUCACAGAUGUGCUCUCCCCGGUGUCAGCAACGACACAUACGCUGUCCAAGGACCUGACCACGAGCUCCUCCUUAACGCCACCAUACCCUGGAAGACGGAGAAAGGCGUCAGUGUCAGGGACUCCUGUCUCAUCUACAAGGACGAUGUUUCAGGAGGUCAGAACAGAACAACCCAGGAAUGCAGCGCCUGGGUGUACGACAACUCCGUCUUCAAGAACACUGUUAUCACAGAGCUGAACAUGGUUUGCGCAGAUAAAGGCCUAAGGUCUCUUGCCAACAGCAUUCUAAUGGCAGGACUUCUCUGUGGAUCUCUUGUUCUGGGCAUCAUCUCGGACAUCAUCGGGCGCAAGCCAGCGCUGAUGGUAUCCAUCCUGCUACACAUCGGUACAGGAGUUGGAACAGCGUUUGCUCCGAACUUCGUGGCUUUCGUCAUUCUCAGAUUCUUUAACGGUGCUUCCAAUAUCGGCCUCUUUAUACCGUCUUUUGUGAUAGUAAUGGAACUCGUUGGUCCUGCCAAACGAACAUUGGGUGGUAUGAUCAUCCAGUCCUUUUGGGCCGUGGGUCUGUUCAUUGUUGGAGCUCUGGCCUACUUCAUUCGUGACUGGCAUCAUCUCCAACUCGCCAUCUCCGUCCCAGCUGUGGUACUGCUCGGCUUGUACUGGUUAGUCCCCGAGUCACCAAGAUGGCUGCUGUCACGUGGUCGCGAGCAGGAAGCAGAAACAAUCCUCAGAAAAGCAGCAGAAGUGAACGGCGUGACUCUUCCACAGAAGCUAUUUGACAAGGACACACUGGAUGACGGUCCCCAGGCCAAGAUUACAGAGAUGUUCACCUCCCCAGUGCUCCUCGUCAGGACUCUCAUCAUCUUCUUCAACUGGCUUGUUGUCAGUAUGGUUUUCUACGGUCUUGGUCUGAACGUUGGAAAUCUCGGCGGUGACAUCCACCUAAACUUUACCAUCGCAAAUAUCGUGGAGACAGCAUCCUACGUCAUGUGUCUGUUUCUGCUGGCUCGACUGGGCCGGAAGUUCCUACACUGUGGCAGUAUGUUGGUGGGAGGGAUUGCAUGUAUUGCCACCAUCUUCCCGGUUUUGUAUGGGGGCAAAGAGCUGGAAUGGGUGACAAUUACUCUGUCGAUGAUUGGCAAGUUUGGAGCAUCUGCUGCUUUUGCCAUUAUUUACAUUUUUGCUGCGGAGCUGUUCCCUACUGUUGUGAGAAACUCCGGCAUGGGCGGCAGCUCCUUCUCGGCCCGUAUUGGAGGAAUACUGUCCCCUUACAUUGCUGAUCUGGGCACAAUAGUUGAUGGUGACUUCGGAAACGCACUCCCCCUUCUGGUAUUUGGUGCUAUGACAGUAGCGGCGGGGAUACUGGCACUGUGGCUGCCAGAAACACUGAAUCGAAAACUGCCGGAAACUAUCGACGAUGCCAAAGUUUUUGGAAAGAGCAGUAACAAAUCCUAUGAACUUGAUCACUCAGUCAAAAAGUCUACCACCAAAAAAGGAGUAUGACAAUCCAACAUUCGACAAGUGCUGAAGAGAACAGACUGCAACAAGAAAACCUAUUGCUUGUGUCAUAUAUUAUUUUCAGUUAUGUUAUAUUUAUCAUGGACUCACAUGAUGUUUACAAUGUAUGAAUCCACAUGCAAACAUUUCUUUUGGAAAUCCAACCUAUGAGUGUAGACCUAUGUUUUCGUACUAAUCCGUUUCGUGGCUGUAGUAGGGUAACACACUGAAGGACUUUCAUGAGCAUAGACUGCUCUGAUUUCAGUGUCGGUGUGUUUGUUUACAAACAGGUGAUUUUGAUGUUGCAAGCAAGCAUUGAACAUUGUGACGUCUUGCGGACAAAACAAUUUGGUAUGGACAAUCGGACUGCAAUAAUGUCUGAUGACUAAUGAAGUACAUGUAAUUAGUGCAUGUCUAAAUAGUACUUUUACUGAUUUUGAAAACUAAUCAAUACAAUUAAAAACUGAAUUCAGUAUUUGAAUAAGUUUUGCAUGAUAAUUACAUCAAGAAGGCUACUAACUAGAAACCUAGAUGAAUAAACAAGUACUUGGUUUGACAAUGUCUUCAACUACAUUGUCGACCAAAUGUUGUGGCAUUGUUUAAAUGACGAUUGUGCAUACCAGAACAUAGAGACAAAAAAGUAUUUACAUAUUGCAAGCUGCAGAAGUAAAAUAUAUUGUUAAGUGGCAGUGUGAUUCAUUGUGUGACAAUUUUCCAGGUGUAUGACAUUGUACAGUAGGGGGUAGUGGUGUGUUAUAUUUAGGCAUAUAUUAAAACAGCGUUCUGGAACA